GAACAAAACAGUCUCCAAUAACUAAGCUAUACAUACACACAACUCUCUUUCUUGUUCAAAUGGUGGUUAACGCCAAGUCCACUUCAAUGGCGAAACCCGACCCGCCAAAAUCCACAACCAUAAUCGAACCAUUCGCAGAGUUCAAAGGCCCAUCCACUUCUUCCCCCUCCUCCCAAAUCAAAUCUCUCGCCAUCUCUACUCUCUCCGAUCCUCAAACCCUAAUUUACGCUGGCACUAAUUCAGGUAAUCUCCUCUUACUUUCACUCGACAUUAAUCAGCCAAGCAAUGAUUCUAAGCUUAAAAAUGUUAAAUUGUUGAAGUAUGUUAAAGUUAGUACUGGCCCAGUUGAUUCAAUUCAUGUGAUUGAUCAUGUUAAGAGGGUUUUGGUUGUUUCCGAGGGCUUUUUGUAUUUUGUUGACCUGUUUUUAGUCGAGGCGGUUAAAAAGUUGAGUUCUUUGAGAGGGGUUUGUUGUGUUGGGAAGAGAGUUAGGAGCGGGGGGAGUGAGUUUACUGAUUUGGAGGAGUUGGGGAAGACGGGCGGGUCGAGUUUGUUGAGGAAGUUGGGGAAUUUUCGGUCGAACGGGGUUAAGGAGGGGAGUGCGAAGGAAGGGGGGGUUUUGGAUGUGGAGCGGAGUUGUGUGUUUGCGGCUGUGUGUGGGAGGAUGUUGAUGUUGAUUGGGUAUGAUUCGAGUGAGAGUGUGUUGGUUUUGAAGGAAAUGCAGUGUGUGGAGAUGGUUAAGACGAUUGUUUGGGUAGAUGAUUGUAUUUUUGUUGGGAAUCAUAGUGGGUAUUAUUUAUAUUCCUGUGUUACGGGGAAAUGUGAUUUGUUGUUUUCAUUGCCUGAUCCGAUAUCUAGUCCUCCACGUAUUAAGUUGUUGAGGAAAGAGUGGAAGUUGCUUUUGUUGGUUGAUAAUGUUGGGGUUUCAGUAAAUUGUCAAGGUCAGCCGGUUGGGGGGAGCUUGGUAUUUCGUCAUGCUCCUGAUUCUGUUUCAGAGAUGGGCAGAUAUGUGGUUGUUAUGAAGAAUGGUGAAAUGGACUUGUAUCACAAAAAGUCGGGGUGCCGUCUUCAGACAGUUUCUUUUGCUGGGGAAGGAAUUGCCCCUAUUGUAGCAGAUGAUGAAGAUGGCAGCAGGGAGAUUGUUUCUGUAGCAAUUCAGUCCAAGGUUUUUUGCUAUAGUCAUGUGCCUUCUGAAGAACAAAUUAAAGACCUCUUGCGAAAGAAAAACUACAAGGAAGCCAUCUCCUUAGCCGAGGAGCUUCAGGGUGAAGGUGAAAUGACAAAUGAAAUGCUGUCCUUUGUCCAUGCCCAGGUGGGAUUUCUCCUGCUUUUUGACUUGCAUUUUGAAGAAGCAAUAGAUCAAUUUCUGCUCUCUGACACCAUGCAUCCUUCAGAAGUAUUUCCAUUUAUUAUGCGGGAACCAAAUCGAUGGUCACUGCUGGUACCAAGGAACCGCUAUUGGGGGUUGCAUCCUCCCCCCACAAUUCUUGAAAAUGUUAUUGACGAAGGAUUGAUGGCUAUCCAGCGAGCUAUUUUUCUUAAGAAGGCAGGUGUAGAGUCUGGUUUAGAUGAUAAGUUUUUACUGAAUCCUCCAAAGAGAAGUGAUCUGUUGGAGUCAGCUAUCAGAAAUAUGAUUAGGUUUUUGCAAGAAUCUCGCCGAAAAGAUCCAAAUCCUUCUGUAAGAGAAGGUAUGGACACUCUAUUGAUGUACCUUUAUAGGGCAGUGAACUGUGUAGAUGAGAUGGAGAAACUUGCUUCUUCGGAAAACAGUUGCGUUGUGGAGGAGUUAGAAACUUUAUUAAAUGACUCUGGACAAUUACGGACACUCGCUUUCUUAUAUGCCAGUAAAGGAAUGAGCUCGAAGGCCCUUGCUCUAUGGCGUAUUCUUGCUAGAAAUUAUUCAUCUGAAUAUCGGAGAGAGUCAACAGAUGUAAAUAAUCAGCAGAAUGCUACCAGAUUGGUUAUCUUUGGGAAGGAUUCUGCUGCAAUUGAGGCUUCCAGGAUUCUUGAGGAGUUGUCUGAUCAAGAUUUGGUUCUGCAGCAUCUAGGAUGGAUUGCAGAUACUGACCAGCAACUUGCCGUUCAAAUUUUAACGUCUGAUAAAAGAACUGAUCAGCUAUCACCUGAUGAAGUCAUAGCUGCAAUUGAUCCAAAAAAAGUUGAAAUCCUCCAAAGUUAUCUACAGUGGUUGAUUGAAGAUCAGGACUCUGAAGAUGCUCAAUUCCAUACAUCAUAUGCAAUCUUGCUUGCGAAAUCCGCACUUGAAAGUUUUGAUGAAGAACAUGUCUUUCAAAAUUCAAGUACCAAAACAAUAGGGGAAACAGAUACCACCGUUUCUGAAAGGCCGUCAAGUCUUCAAUAUUCUGUAAGAGAGAGGCUGCAGAUAUUUUUGCAAUCUUCGGAUCUGUAUGAUCCAGAAGAGAUUCUUGAUUUGAUAGAAGGAUCAGAUUUGUGGCUUGAAAAGGCAAUACUUUAUAGGAAACUUGGGCAGGAGACAUUAGUACUCCAAAUUUUAGCCUUGAAACUAGAGGAUAGUGAAGCUGCUGAACAAUAUUGUGCUGAAAUUGGUAGACCAGACGCCUAUAUGCAGUUGCUUGACAUGUAUCUGAAUCCAAAAGAUGGCAAAGAGCCCAUGUUUAGAGCUGCUGUUCGACUUCUUCACAAUCAUGGAGAUUCUCUGGACCCAUUGCAAGUUUUAGAGCGAUUGUCCCCAGAUAUGCCUCUACAACUUGCCUCAGAAACAAUAUUAAGAAUGCUUCGAGCUCGCAUUCAUCAUCACAAUCAAGGGCAGAUUGUGCACAAUUUAUCGCAUGCUGUGGAUGUUGAUGCAAGUUUAGCAAGAUUUGAAGAAAGGUCAAGACAUGUGCAGAUUAAUGAAGAGACCCUUUGUGAUUCUUGUCAUUCCAGACUUGGUACUAAGUUAUUUGCAAUGUAUCCAGAUGAUUCAGUAGUUUGCUACAAGUGUUUCCGACGGCAAGGCGAGUCCACAUCUGUAACAGGUCGGGAUUUUAGAAAGGAUAUAAUUUUUAAGUCGGGCUGGCUCGUAACACGAUGACCUGUGGAAGAACACAUGAAAUGUGCGAUAUACCAUCCCUUUUUUCCUAGCUUUACAGAGUAGCAUUAAUACCUUCUUUGUUCCCGGAUGUUUUUUUGUUCGUUCUUUAGAGAUGGGUGCCCUCCCCAAGUGUACAUAAACAAUGACAAAUAGUGUAUAAACCAUAUACAAUUGUUACCCCUCAUGGUCAUGUAACUAACAGAAGUAGAGAUAUUUUGUAUCAGGUUCCUGCCUUUAUUUUGUUUAUACAAGAUUAUCAUGUUAUAAUGUA